GUAAUACUGCGGUGUUGACUGUCACAAGUGAGUAAAAGCUCAGGGGCCGUAGCAAUUUGAAAGCUGUGCCAUCUCCACAUCGUACAGAGGUUUGACCUGCCACAAUUUCCACGGGUCCACGUUUCAUCUCCUGGCGGAAUAAAAUGCUGUCCGGAUGAUUGCACGGCGCCUAACCAUCUGAGACACACCAGAGGACGCAAAUCUCCAUGUGUAUAUUUAUGGAAUAAACCCAGUCCAUCCAGUCAUCAUGUCAGUGAGGUCAGAUGGGAAAAAGAAGUGGGCGGCGGUCAGGGAUCGCCUGGGCUCCUCGCAGGACUCCGACACCCAGCAGGAGGCCAACCUAGAGAGCGCCGACCCAGAGCUCUGCAUCAGGCUGCUCCAGGUCCCCACCGUGGUCAACUACUCUGGUCUGAAGCGGCGCCUAGAAGGCAGCGACCAGACGUGGAUGGUCCAGUUCCUGGAGCUGAGUGGGCUGGAUCUGCUCCUGGAGGCCCUGGACCGGCUCUCUGGGCGAGGAUGCUCUCGCAUCGCAGACGCCCUCCUCCAGCUCACCUGCGUCAGCUGCGUCCGGGCGGUCAUGAACUCCUCCGCGGGGAUCUACUUCAUCAUAGAAAACGAGGGAUACAUCCGGAAGCUCUCGCAAGCCUUGGAUACCUCCAACACCAUGGUGAAGAAGCAGGUGUUUGAGCUCCUGGCAGCCCUCAGCAUGUUCUCUGCAGAUGGACAUUGCCUGGCUCUGGAUGCCCUGGACCAUUACAAGGGCGUGAAGACCCAGCAGUAUCGCUUCAGUGUGAUCAUGAACGAGCUGCAGGCGACAGAUAACGUCCCGUACAUGGUCACACUCCUCAGCGUCAUCAACGCCCUCAUCUUCGGGACGGACGACCUCAGGCAGAGAGAUAAGAUGAGAAAGGAGUUUAUCGGGCUUCAGUUACUUGAUAUUCUGCCAAAACUAAGGUGA